GGGUCGCCUCGUGGUGUCAAAAACACAUUGUUUUGGGACCGGAACAUUUCACUGUUUUUCGUUGAAUUUAUCAGCAAAAAUGAGGAAUCUUGUGCUCUUGUGUCAAGAGAACUACCCAACGGGUUGUAAUGCGAUUAAAUCCAUGAAGAUAGAUUCGAAAUGCAGUGGAAUUUGUUACGGUGUCGGUGAGAAAGAGGUUUUCCGGAUACACUGGCGAGAAAAGCGGAUGGAGCAGCUUUUUGCAUGUGAAGAUGUCCUGGACGUAGAGUACUUGAUGCUUAGCGGUGAGUUGUGCGUCGCCAAGACAUCUGGAGAGAUUCUCUUGUGGAAUUUUGACACGAAUACGUUCGACGAAGUGGCUUUCUGCGGAGACAUAAUCACAGCAAUGGCUUGGAGUCCGGAUCAGGAGAUGGUGGUUUUCGCCACGGAAUCGAACAGGAUUAUCGUGAUGCAUUCCCUAUUUGACAUCAUCGAGGAAGUGGAUCUGUUGGAGAACUCGUUCGGCGACAAGGAGUUUGUGGUCUUGGGUUGGGGAAAGAAGGAGACCCAAUUCCACGGAUCAGCCGGCAAGAAAGCAGCUCAGAAGAAAGAAAUCACAGAUCUUCCUGGGGAUUUUUCACCUUCGGAUGACUCAGGCGUUGCCACAGUGAACGUGGCUUGGAGGGGAGAUGGAGAGUACUUUGUUGUGAACUUCUUAAAAGACAAUCAGCGGCUCUUCAAGGUGUUCAACCGCGAAGGGAAGCUGCAAUACACGUCGGAGAAAUGCAUCGGAUUGGAGAGUUGUAUCGCCUGGAAGCCAUCGGGAUUGUGGAUAGCAGUCUCUCACAAUCUUGAGGAUAAAUACGUGAUUACCCUGUUUGAAAAGAACGGACUUCGCCAUCGUGAGCUGUGUCUUCCUUUCAAGAGAGAAGAAGAAAGCGUGAAAUCCCUCAAAUGGAGCAGCGAUUCUGUAGUUUUAGCCAUCCAUACGCUUAAGGAAACCUCGUCAAAUAUUUAUUUAUACACUUUGGGCAAUUAUCAUUGGUAUUUAAAGCAAACUCUUCAGUUUCAUGAUGUUGUGCAGCACUUUGAUUGGGAUUCGUCGCUAUAUGAAUGGAAAUCUUUACAUGUGCUAUUGGCUGAUGGAUCUUAUAACGUCUUCAAAUGGAAUGACGAUAUUAAUUGUUCUGUAGGACAGACAGUCCAAGACGAAUCUAUUGUAGGCGUUAUCGAUGGACAAAAUGUCCUACUGACCAACUUUCGAGGAGUUGUAGUUCCGCCUCCGUUGUGUGUUUUCACUCUCAAGAGCAAGAAUUAUGUAAACUCCGUGGGAUUUAUCCAGCACCCCAAAAAUCCUAGAGAUAGCAACAAAUUCUUCAGCAUUACAAAUCAACAUGUGAUGAGUUUCUACGAAUGCGAGUUUUCCGAAGGACAGUCUUCAGUUCGACACAUCAAGGGAUGCAAGGAAGUUGAGAAUUUUGAUUUAGUAGAGAAGUUCUCAUGCUAUAAUCUCACUCACUGGCUAACUGAUGGAGUAUUGAUCAUAGAAACAUUUAAGAAAGAUUUGGGAUCUUACCUGAACAUCCUGAUGAAAAAUGAGGACAACCAAUGGUGCAUUACGGAUGAAGUGUCCAUAAAGACUCACGCGAUCAGUAUAACAUCAAGUGACAGCAUUUCUUUAGUUGUGAAUUUGCUGGACAAAACAGUGCUGAAGAAGAAAGUCAUUGAUGGAAAGUUUGUGGAAGGUGAAGAGCACUUUUCUCUGCCGGAAUUCUGCGAAAAGACUAUCUCAGUGAAGAUUGCUUCAGAGGAGAAAACCUUUUCGUUGCGAGGUCGACAGAUGUUGUAUAUGAAUGGAGAUAAAUUCCAGCAAGAUGUAACAUCAUUCUUCAUAGCGCAGCCAUUCCUCGCCUACACCACCAUUGAUGAACUGAAGAUCAUUAAUCUGAUGAACAUGAACGUCGAUACUGUGAGGAAAACCGAAAGGGGAGCUAAGAUAGUGACAAUUGUUCCAAAACAUGAUAGAACAAUUCUGCAAAUGCCACGAGGGAAUUUGGAAACAAUCCAACCAAGAGCGCUGACUCUUAAUAUUGUUGGGGAAUUAUUAGAUGGCAAUGAGUACAGAAAGGCUUAUGAAAUACUGCGCAAACAGAGAAUCAAUCUCAACUUGAUUGUGGACCACAAUCCAAAGGAGUUUUUCUCUAAUUUGGAUGUUUUUCUGGAGGAAAUUACAAACCCAUCGUGGCUCAAUCUCUUCCUCACUGAUCUAAAGUGUGAAGAUGUGACCACAACAAUCUACGAAGGCUCCUACAGGAUGAAGACAAAGGAAUGUCCAGAAGACUACUCGAUAGAGGAAAAAGUGGAGAAAAUAUGUGAAGAAAUGUGUGAAAAGAUGGAAAGUAUGAAUGAGAAGAGAUUCACUCUCCCAAUAAUAACGAGUUUUGUGAAGAGAAACGACAUUGAGAGUGCGCUGACGGUGAUUUGGAACAUCAGAACCAGAGAGAGUCAGUCCCUGUGCGAUUUUUCUGAAUCUGAAGAUGCACUUAAUUAUCUUCUCUACCUCGUGGAUGUCAAUCAGUUGUAUGAUAUCGCUUUGGGAAUGUAUGAUUUCAAAUUGGUUCUCUUUGUGGCGGAAAAGUCGCAGAAGGAUCCGAAAGAGUAUAUUUCCUAUCUCAAGGACUUGAAUAAGUUGGAGGAGUUCUACAAACGUUACAAAAUAGAUUUGCAUCUAAAGAAGUAUGGCAAAGCUUUGGAGAAUAUCGCGAAGUGCGAAGGACACUUUGAGGAGUGCAUGAAGCUGGUGAAGGAACAGCAUCUUCACCCAAAGGCUAUGCAGCUCUUUCCACAAGAAUCGUCAGAAUACAAGGAAAUCGCUCAGGCUUAUGCUGACAAUUUACGCUUCAAGGGACUCCUCGAGGAGGCAAGCUUGAUGUACGAACGGGCAGGGAACUUGGAGGAGGCUAUUCAAACCGCCAAGAACACGCUCGACUUCAACAGGUGUUUGACACUAAAGAAGAAAUCAGGGGCCACUGAGGAGGAGCUCACGAAGCUGGUGAGCAGUCUCAUUCCCUCCAUGAAGGAGAAUUGCAUGUUCCGAGAGGCGGCAGAUCUCAUGAAGCAGUACAUGAGAAAUUCGACUCAAGUGAUUGAGACACUGCUAGAGGGGAAAUUAUACAUGGCAGCCGUUUACGAGUGGCAUGAAGUGCAGCCGAGUGAUUACUCACUAGAUUACAUGCGAGCUCAUUUGCAAAAGUAUGCUGAGGUGCUAAUGGAUUGCAUGAGGAACGAUAAAAGUCAGUUUGUGAGUUACAAAAUGCGUCUCGCAACCGUUCGUCAGAAGCGCCUGGAACAGCCAGAUGAUCCGGAUCUCAAUUACUUUGACGACUGUGACUUAUAUUCGGAUGUCACGAGUGCCAACAGCAGCAGGAUCACGGGGAGCUCUCGUGGAUCCUCCAAGACGUUCAAGUCCGGCAAGAGCAGACGAAAGCACAAGAGAAAGCUGCUAAGUUUGAAGGAGGGAAAUCCCUUCGAAGAUGUUGCCCUCAUCGAUGCGCUGUUCAAUUUGAUUUCAAAGUGCUUCAGUCAGCAGCAACACGUGAAAGAGAUUUGCAGAGCUUCUGUUCUACUGAAUAUUGAUGAAACGGGAAAAACGCUGCAGCACUGCUACAAGAACUUGCUCUACACCAUUCAGCUAUCAUUGGAUGAAAUUUGGAUUCCAAAUGAUACACGUUUGGAAAUUGUGGAACCUCACAAGCGACUUAAGCCGUAUCUCUCCUUAAUGAACUGGGAAUUUGAGAUUUUUAAGUGAGUUCAUUUUACUUCUAUCACCAUUUCUACACUUGAAUUGUAAGAUAAAUCUGUUUUAUUACUGAUUGUAAUAUACGAAGAUGUAUUUAAA